UGUGACUGACCUUGCCGGUGCCAGUCGGACGGACUAGCUGGUGCAGUCCCGGGCUCUGCAGUCCCCGGGCUCGGCGGGGGGGGGCGCUCAUUGGCAUUCCCCAGCCCGCCUGCGUCAGGCCGGAGCUGCUACACCGCUCCCCCGGUCACCCCGACGCCUGCCCUCGCCCCCCGGCCCGCCGCCCCCUCCGCUAGCCAACACCCCGCGCUCUUCCUCGCUCACGCCCUCCCAGCCUCCCCGCCGCGGUGCCUCCUCCCUUCCCCCUCCAGCAGGCGGCGCGCGCCGAGCCUCUAACCGUCCCUGCGGCUCCGCUCCCCCCACCGCCGCCCCCCUGUCGGAGGGGAAAGGGGAGGGGGCGCCAGGCUCCCGGCCCGCCCCCCGCCCGCCCACUAGCCAAGGGCGCUUCUGCCAGCGCCGGGCCGGAGUAGCCUCGGCGGCUGCACCGGCGGGGCCGCAGCGGCAGCAGCGGAUAACGGCCACCGCCGCGGUCGCCGCACGAGCCAGCCGAGCCGAGCCUCCCUGGGCGGGUGCGGGUCGGGGGCUUCGCCCCGGGCCGGGGCUCGCCGCCGCCCGCCUCUCGCCCAGCCUUCUACGGGUCCGGUCCCUGGGUGGGGCUGGCGGGGUACACUAGGGAGGAUCCUCCCUGGGAAGCUCCCGGGGCGAAGGCGUCGCCGUUGCCCCGGCUCCGGAGUGGGAGGCGAGGAUGUGCGGGCAGGAGACCACGUCGUAAGUCCGUGACCCGAGCCGGAGCCGAGUUCCCGGUACUGCUUCACAUACAAACCUAGUGUGGCCAAGGAAAUUGAGCUAUUUCAGAAUCAUGGGGGUAUUGAUGUCCAAACGGCAGACAGUAGAGCAGGUCCAGAAGGUGAGCCUGGCUGUGUCAGCUUUCAAGGAUGGGCUGCGGGAUAGGCCUUCUCUCCGACGCACGGGAGAAUCGGCUGGGUCUCGGAGAGGCACUGUAGAACACUCUGUCCAGGAAGUACAAGAGGAGGAUGAGCCAGAGAAAGUGGCUGCUGUCCCACAGGAAGAGAACAGUGUCAACAAAGCAGCCUGGGAAAGGCUGAGAGAUGGCCGUGGGGUAGAACCUGAGGAGUUUGACCGUGUCAAUCGCUUCACACCACCUGCCUUUAUCCGACCCAUUCGGGAGCUAAAUGAUGAUAAGCCACUUGAUAUCUGCUUGGAACCUAGAGAAUCUGUUAUCAAUGAUGAGAUGUGUGAGAUUUGUGAAGUAUGGACUGCUGAGAGUCUCUUCCCAUGUAGGAUCUGCACCAGAGUUUUUCAUGAUGGCUGUUUACGCCGUAUGGGCUAUCUACAAGGAGACAGCACAAUGGAAGUGACUGAGAUGGCGCACACUGAAAUAGGAUGGAGCUGUUACUAUUGUAACAACCUCAACCUGCUUCUCACAGAAGAAGAAAUGUACAGCCUCAUGGAAAAUUUCCAGCAAUGCAAAAUUAUUCCUGAUUGUUCCUUGACACUGGAGGACUUUUUGCGCUACCACCAUCAGGCAGCAAGACGAGGAGGAAGUGAAAGAGCACUGAGUGAAGAGCAGGAAGAGCGGGCAGCUCAGCAAUUUGCUGCCCUCGAUCCUGAACGUCGAGGCCAUGUUGAAUGGCCUGACUUCUUGUCCCAUGAGUCCCUCCAACUACUGCAGAAACUUCGUCCACAGAACUCUCUAUUAAGGCUACUCACAGUUAAGGAGCGGGAACGAGCUCGGACAGCCUUCCUAGCCCAAGGCAUUGGGGGUUAUAUCAGUGAGACUGAAUGCCGUCGUGCCCAACAUACCUGGUUCCGAAAACGACCCUUGGAAGCACCAUCUUGCAGUGUUAGUAUCAGCCAUGUGGGACCCAUAUCAGAAAGCAGUCCGGCCAGCAACAGCAGUGCCAAGAGUCCAGAGAAACCUCUGCAGACAGCUGAACAGGAGGAGCCCAGGUCUGUGGAUUGGCCCACUUUCCUGAAGGAGAAUAUCAUCUACAUCCUUGCUGCCCGCCCCAACAGUGCUGCCAUUCACCUGAAACCCCUAGGGUAGAUCCUCUAGAAUGAGGCUUCAAGUCAUGGCACACCACAGUCUCUGAAGAAUUAAAAUUACCUAACAGGCAAUAGAGUGGCAUAGGAUGGGCAAAAGUAGAAUGUAACAUGUAAGCAACCAAGAAAAAAUUUAAUAAAGGAUAUCAUCAGAUAAUAAGAAAAGAAACUGUCAUGGCCACUACAAGGACAAGAACUCAGCUGGCAUUCAUGUGGUAUCAAAAGAAUCCCAGAAGUCCUACAGCAUAUUAGGUAGACCUCUUGUAGAGGAUUUAUGGGAGUAUGGACAAGAAAUGUACAAGAUUAAGAGGGAUGAAUGGGUUUCUAUCUACAUUAUUGGAAAGAACCUUCACAUAAGAUUACUGAUCCAGUGAAAUACUGAGAUUAUCAAAGGAAUGUCACAGUAAAUGCAAUGAAGUCAUGAAAAUUUAUGGUCCACAAAACAGAAAAAAAUCAACAUGGAGAAAUAAUGAAAGUUGAAUAUUUAAACCUGAAUUCAAGAUAAGAGUGUGACUCACUGUGUUCUGAGAAUUUCACAAGCUAUAGCUAUUUUAUUUUUCCUCUACUGUGUUCAGAAUAUUGACUGAUAGUUGGCAGUCAUUCCCACCAGAAAAGGAAAAAGUAAGUUGCCUUCUUUCAUUCAUGAUGGCAUCAAGAACAUUGCAUUCCAUCCUAAGCUUUUAUCCCAAGAAGCACUUGUAUGCUUUCUCACUAUACAUCAAGUCAGAGACCUAGGGGUUCACUAAAGAAUGAUCCUCAGAGAAUAGAUCUGAUUUCCACAAGGUAAUUGGAGGGACACACAUUAUUCUUCAAAAACUUAAGGGAUCUCAUCUUUUGCACUCAAGGAACUUGAUGACCUUCAUUAACUACCAGGAUCAUGAUUCUAGGUUCACUUAUCCUGCUUAGAUGAAAAGUGAUGCCAAAAAAGAUUGCUCUCCAGCCACAGCCUUAUGUCUUAAAUGUGUGAGAAAGCCGUAUGGUACAGCUUGAAAGGUAGACACAUCAGAAGUCCAUCCAAACAGAACUGUUAUUCGGUGUGCUUGACUAUUGCUCCUUUCACUUGGUGCUCUGGUGAGGCUUAAGUGAGUUCCGUUUCCCUUUUUCAAGGAAAGCAAGGAAAAGGAUUAAGUCUUUUCUCUCAAACUGGGGGGAUUGAGGCAAAGAAUAUUAUAGAAGUGGAUUCUUAUUUGAGAACCAGAUUACCUAUAUUGGAAAGAACCUUGAAAUGUCCAUUCUUCUUGCCUCUUGGCAGGGCUGGACAAAUUGAUAGCUCUCCCAUUUUUCAUAAACCAUUAGCCAGAGAGGGAGAUUCCAAAGCUCUAUCUGAGGUAAGCCAUUGUUCAAAGUCCUUGGUCAUCAAUUCUACGCAGCCUAAGUCCUGUCUUCUCCAAUUUGUUUCCUCCUACUGCCUCACUGGGGAGUUGUAUGGAAUAUUUGAACACUCCAAUAUAUUAAUAAAAUAACCCCCCUUUAACCUUAACUCUUUCCUCCUAGGUCAUCCUAAGACCUUUCAGUUAUGAUCUUACUGUAAAUUCUUUCAGCAUAGAUGUCCUCUCCUAGUAAAGGGACUCAGUUUCUGUCCAUUGACUUCAGCAACAUGAUCCUAAUAUCUCUUCCCCAUCUUUUUUCUUCUGAGGGGAGGCAUUGACUAUCAAAUAUCUUUAGAGAAAACUACUAUGAAAUUCCUUAUUAUCCAUCAGGCUACUUCCUUAAAACCAGAUUAAAAUUGUGCAGCCCCUGCUAUCUAUCAGGUUGAAUGGAAAAGGACCUGCCACAAAAAAGCAGCUGUAACCACCUACUGAAGUAUUGCCAUUACUCUUUCCCUGUGGCCUCUUGCCUUCCUGUUUUCCUUUAAUAUUGAGGAACAGGCUCUAGAUUUAGAUACACUAAAAACUGAUCUUGGGUUCUUGAUCAUUGUUAACAUUUGAUAUUGAAAAAGAGGCCUUAUCUCCUACACAUUGUUUAGAAAUACAGAGAGCUAAUCUUGGGUUCUUGAUCAUUAAUAUUUGAGAUUCAAAGAGGAAGAGGCUAUACACCAAAAUCACUCUUACAGGUUCAUCUCUUUAUUUUAUCUCCAGCUCCAUACAAAAGUAUUUUGCCCAUGGAAAUGCUAAGAGCACACACAAACACAAAUACAUUGCUUUCCCAACCCAAUGUCACUGUAACUGAAGAGUGAUUUCUGUUCAGAUCUACUAGCCUUGCUAAGCUGCUCCUGACAUCCAAGCUUUGGAAGCAUCUACAUAGAAUGGCAAAAGGCCUAGAACCUUUUAUCCUUUACAGGAGUGACCACUAUGAAACCCUACUCACCCCAAGCCCUUGCCUUUUUAUAACUGGAAGUACAGCAGGGACUGUAUUACCUUUUGGGAUGUGCCACUUUAGAAGAGGAGGAGGUCUCACUUGGGAAACCCCUGGAAUCACCAAUCUAUGAAAGUUGUACCUACUAUAAUCAUGCCAGCACCAAUGUGAAUGAACCCAGAUACCAGAACUGUAGCCGGCAAGCAGAGAUGGAAAUUUAGUAGAAAUUAACUAGAAAAGCAGCACUAGGAGUCCUCUUCGUCCUAAGGACAGAAGCAACAUAGCAGGUGGCACUGGGAUGCUGAUGCUACCCAGCCACCCAGAAUUCUUAAGUGGAUGCCUGUGACCCUGCAAACCAAAGUGUACUAUUUUUCAGCUGGCAGCUUGUAGUGUGAAGUGUGCAGACAAUGCAGUAAGAAGCUGAGCAGCCCGGAUUCUAGAAUUUCAGGAGACACCAUCAGCCAGCAUGAAGCCACAGCCAGAGCCACUUACUAUACAGGUUUACAGUUGAAUCCCUCAGCUGCUGCUUUUUGCAUGGCAUUUACUCUAUAAUCACUUGAGAUCUCUGAGCUUCUGGGGAAUAAGUACAUUAUUGUAUGCUUGUUGCAGCUCAAUGAACUUCCUUAUCAGACUGUUCAUGACAGUUCAGCCUCUCAGAAACACUGUUCUACAUUUGAUCCAGUCUUUACCAUUACCCUUGGUAGCCCUUGGAAUGAGCCAUGGUUUUUAAAGAAAGAAACAUUAAGGAUAACCGGAAUCAUGAUCUCUCUGCCAUAUUUCUUUCAUGAUCCAGUGUGGCAUGUCAUUCAUUCUUUGUGCUUUUAAAGUGGGUCCUAUUGUAUGAUCCAGGCAUGUAUUACUUCUUGGGAAGUCUGCAGUUUCAUAUUGGGGAUAUAUGCUCCCACCUGGUUAGGAAUGUACGUAGGCAGUUGGAACUGCCCUUAGGUGGUCAUUUCUCCACUGCUCUCUAAAUUUUUGUAACCUUUGGGAUUGGGUUGUCAUAUCCUUUUAACAGAUAAUGGCAGUGGGACACAACAAAAAAAGGACUUUCCAAGAAUCUAUACUAAAACAAGGAGAGGAUUGAAGAUAGAAUUGAGGUGUCUUGGAUACCAAUUCUGGGAGCUUGGCCACAAUGCCUGAAGAGAUGUCUCCUUUGAUCCUUUCCUGAAGAACACUGAAGACAUAUUUGAGGAAUACUUAGGCAGUGGGUCACACUUAUCCUUUCUUCUUCCACAUUCUCACUCUUAGGAGUUGGCAUGCCCUUUUUAAUAGAAUCUGCCCCACGCCCUGUACCUGUCUUUCUGUGAACAACUAACUUGGACAUUGAGGGGUAAGAUCCCCAAUUUCAUUUUUCCCUUGAUUAUAGUUGCAUGUUUCUUCUACCCGUGCCCAGUCUUUGUGGGCAGUGCAGCCAAAUGGAGCUGGUACUCCCAAAGUCUGGGCACACACAGAAUAUCCUAAUAAAGAAAUCUUUACACGACUA